AUGGGAGACGUCACCAAGGAAAUCUUCGUAUCCUAUACGGUCUUCAAAAAGAAACUUGAACAGACCUUUGGGGAUAUCGAUGCCGCGAGAACCGCGGAACGACGACUUAAUCGACUGCGACAAACUGGAUCGGCUAGCGUAUACGCCGCCGAAUUCCAGCAAAUCAUCUCGCACCUCGACUUCGACGACGACACCUACAUCUGGCUCUUUGAGCGUGGCCUCAAGGAAGAUGUGAAGGACGAGCUUAUAAGGGUCGACAGACCAGACGAGCUCCACAAGAUAAUUGAGCUCGCGGUCAAGUUCGACAACCGACUCUAUAAAAGGAAGCUCCAACGACGAGAACUCCGACAGGGAGGUAGCCGAUGA